CCUCUUCCUCCACACACACACACACACACACACACACACUCGGGACGCUGAGCAGGAGCUGAGCAGCAGGAUACGCUCAGGUCGGGAUAUAUACAGUCAUGCUUCCACGCGUGGUUUCCCUCUGAGAUAUUUCUCAGAUUUCUCCUUGUACAGGACUAGCACUGCCUCUCAGGGUCAAGAAAACAACUGACCAACAAACUUUAUCCUCUCCUUUUUCCUCCAAGAUGUUGAGAGCUCCACUCAUCACCGUCUGUGUUGGACUCCUUCUUAUUUUUAGCAGCAAGGCUAAGCCAAAUGGAAAAGACAAGAAGGCAAAACAAGUUGUGCCAGAUGUAGAAUGCGAUGUGCGUGCAGGGAAGAUCAGCUUCCCAGAAUUCAUUGUUCGGUGCCCCUCCAGUUGCCGUGAGACCAAGGAGAGGGUUUAUGGGACGGGGGUCUUUGCCUCCAUAUCCAGCAUCUGCAAUGCUGCUAUUCACAAUGGGGUCAUUACGAAUUCUGGAGGAAAGGUGAUUGUAAAGAAGAUGGCAGGACAAGCGCAAUAUAAAGGCAGUUUUGCAAAUGACAUCCGCUCACUGUCCCUCCCCAACUGGAGAGAGUCUUUCACUGUCUCAGUGGGCAAGCCAAAGAAAGGUGUGAUCUACCCUGCUACCUUGGAAUAUACUUCUUCAAAAUCUGCCACAGUGAUAACAAGUCAGAAGGAAGCCAAAGUCUUGGCACUCUCCACUGUAUUGCCCAUGACAACAGCUCUCGAGCCAAUGACAACCACACUCGAGCCAACCACCACCACCACGACCACAACCCCACCCCCAACUACUCCCACCACAACUACGACCACCACUGCAAAGCCACGGGCUGCAGUACAUAAAGUCAGAGAUGCAGGCAACAGUCACCCAUACCUUGCCUCAGUGGCUGCAGCAGCCAGUGCACGGCAGACACAGAAUGGCCAAGCAAAGGGUCUUCCUCAAGCAUCCAGAGGUGGCUCUUUUGCAGGUAGAUUCUCACCUCGUAUCAACCCAGGUGCACGCAGGCCAGAGGCAGGUACCAAUAUUCGGAGACAGCCAUCAGCUCCUGCUACCUCAGCUUUCAGUCGUGUCCAACCGGUCCAGCCUGAGAGGAACCAGCAUACUGUCCACACCAACCCUGCCCUUGCUCGGAGAAAAUGGUCACAUCCUGCCUAUGCUCAACCCGAUUGGUUUUCUGGUCUGAGGAGACCAACAGAUGUUAGUAACUCUGAGCCAGACACGGGCUACACGUGGAGCAACGUGGACACUGUGGAUUCUCCAGCUCCAGACCCAAGACCAGAUAUUUCAGAGUAUGAGCGCUGGUAUUAUAACGUCGGACAGUAUCCUCCUCGACCAGCAGAUACAGACAGUGGACCCAAGCACCUACCUGAAACCCUCCACACGAGAGUGGAGCCGGUGGAGGUCUGGAAGCCAGAAGGGAAUCCUUUUGAUUUAGACCACAAUGUCCGAGGGCAAGACUCCUUACCCAGAGUUCCAGACACUCAGGGAGACCCGAACUGUAAAGUUGACAUUGCCUUCCUCAUGGAUGGCAGCUGGAGCAUCGGGAAGCGUCGUUUUAAGAUCCAGAAAGACUUCCUGGCUGAGGUUUCCCAAGUCAUCAAUGUAGGCGUAAAUGGCCCAAUGAUGGGGAUCAUCCAGUAUGGGGAUGAUCCAGUGACAGAAUUCAGUCUGCGCCAGUUCUCCAGCUCCAAAGACCUCAAACCUGCCAUUGACAAGAUUACCCAGAAAGGCGGGCUCUCCAAUGUGGGGAAAGCCCUCUCUUACAUCAACAAGCAUUUCUUCAGUGAUGCUAAUGGAAAUCGAGGAGGGGCACCCAAUGUUGCUGUGGUGCUGGUUGAUGGCUGGCCUACAGACAAAGUGGAGGAGGCUUCAAGAUUGGCACGGGAAUCAGGCAUCAACAUCUUUUUUGUUACCAUUGAGGGCCCAGAUGACAGCGAGAAGCACAAUGUGGUUGAGGCCAAUUUUGUGGACAAGGCUGUGUGCAGGACCAAUGGCUUCUUCUCACUGCCAGUGACCAGCUGGUUUGCGCUGCGUAAGGCAGCGCAGCCUCUGGUGAAACGUGUGUGCGACACAGACCGGCUUGUGUGCAGCAAGACAUGCCUGAAUGCCAAUGACAUCGCCUUCGUCAUUGACGGCUCAAGCAGCGUAGGUACCGGCAACUUCCGUACUGUGCUGCAGUUUGUGGCCAACGUGACUCGUGAGUUCGAGAUCUCCGACACGGAUACUCGCAUUGGUGCUGUGCAGUACACUUAUGAGCAGCGACUCGAGUUUGCCUUUGGCCAGCAUAACACCAAGACUGAUGUCCUAAAUGCCAUUCGCCGCAUCAAUUACUGGAGUGGCGGUACAAGUACGGGUGCCGCCAUCACAUAUGCUGCUGAGAAGCUCUUCAGCAAGUCCAAGCCAAACAAGCGUAAGAUCAUGAUUGUCAUCACGGAUGGGCGCUCCUAUGAUGAUGUGCGUGCACCCGCUCUGGCAGUGCACCGCUCAGGUGUGAUUGCAUACUCUAUUGGCAUUGCUUGGGCUGCACAGGAUGAGCUAGAAUACAUCGCCACAGACCCAGACAAAGAUCACUCCUUCUUUGUGGAUGAGUUCGACAACCUCUACAAGUAUGUGCCCAAGAUCAUACACAACAUCUGCCAUGAAUUUAACUCUCAGCCACGGAACUAAGCCAGGCAUGGACCAAUGGAGUUGGAUCAUCUAGACACCUUAUUUCCACCGGAAGUAUUUUUAUGAUGGUACUUGCAGUAGUGUUACCAUUUAAAAAAAAAAAAAAAAAACAUAAGUCCUUAUUUUUUCUUUUGAGGCAUUAUUCAGAGAUUUGGGCAGGUUCCAGUUUUUCAAGGUUGGAGCUUAUCUUAUAGCACAGAGAUUUGGCACGGGGCUUGAAAAGCAAGCUUUGAUGUUAAAAAAGCUGUGUAGCACGCGUGGCUUCACUGAAGUUGGUUGUCUAGAUGUCAGGGAUGUGAGAUCUUGGUUGCUGGAUAACAUAUGCUAGAUUAUAUAUUUAAAUAACAUAUUACUAAUAUAACUAUUACACUUCUACGAUAAAGGCAUACAACAAAAGUUUUUGCUAGCUUCAUAAUUCUAUUCUAUAAGACAAAAUUCUAUAUAUUUUUUUGCAAAAAGUUUACCUAAGUACAAGAUUCUUGUAAUAAAUAUGAUAUAAAGAAAAGUCUACGGUUUAAAUUGUAAGUAUGGGUUUUCGAAGGUUAUUUUUGUAUUAUAGGUGACUCUUUCACAUGUCUAUACAUGUUUCUGUGUUCUACUCAUGCAGUUGAUGGAUUAUAAUACUUAAUGCAUCUUAAAACCGAAAGACAAUAAUGCAAGCUGCAGGAUACGUUUGUAAGUACAAAAUCAACCCAGUUUCGACAAAAAUCAAUAAGCAUUUGGUUGAGUGAAACUAAAUGAACGAUGAAUUCGAUGACUUCUCAGUUUAUCUGCGUGACUGUAAAUUUCUCACCCUUGUACUUCAAACGUACAAUAUAGUUUUGGUUUUAUUUCAGCUAAAGAUUUUAAUUUUCAAAUUUCUGUAAUAUUUGUUCUUUUUGUACAUAUGCAUAUUAAAAUAAAGCCCAUUGCUUUUGACUAUGUAAGUUGCAGAAAAUUCCUAUUUUAAUGCAAUUUUUAAUAAAAGAUGGUAU